AUGACAGGAGCGAGGCGCAGGUCUAAGCAGGGAAAGCGAAACGUCGCCAAGGAAAAUGAAGGCGCCGACAAUCUGCCGUUCGGUGGCAAAGUACGACUCGCAAGGCGUCGAAAGCCAGACGGGUGGCUGGUUAUUGCCCUUGAGGUGCUGGGGGCGGCGGUGGUGUUCGUGCUCGUUUACUUGGGCUAUUACCACCAGGAGGCGGUGCACUUUCACUUGAACCACGCUUACGCCCAUGUUGGACACGCGCAUGCCCAGCACGUGGUCGCGCACAAGUACCUGCAUGGAAAUGGUGUCCCUAAGAACAGCAGCAUGGCAUUCUACUGGUUCAGAAAGGCGGCUGACCAAGGGCACGCACAUUCAGCGUACAACUUGGCCGUAGGUCACAUGCAAGGAUUUGCUACCGAUGUGAAAAAAGGGGAGGCCAAAAAGCUGAUCAAGUACGCAGCAGACAACGGGGUGCACGAAGCUCACCGCGUGUACCACGAGGCCUGCCACGCAGGAAAGUGUGACCACUGACUGUGGGAAGAGGGCUGCCAAGCUCCCGAACUACCAUAUAACUACUUUGUUUAGUUCUCUUACUUGAAAUUGCCUGAGCCAACGGUCACACAUCCGCUCAAAUGACCGAUUCUUCUUGUCCUAAGCGGCACAUCGCCUCUAGCGCGAAGAUCGUCAGCACAAGGUUGUAUUCGUUGUAUAUACAACAGUUCCCGGGAACACCGGCAACUGUUGGGACGAAUGUGUGGGAGAAGACUACAUAUAUAUUUGCUUGAUCUUCCUCUAUGUGAACACCUUCAAGAAAGCAGCGCUUGAUAAGGAGCAUAUUUCCCAAAGAAAAUCACUGUAUCUAUAGGAAAAUCUAUCUUUGUAGGAUGACAAUAAAGAAACGUU